CAGGGGGUGCCAGGCCCCCCUGCCCCCCCUCCCUCCGCCACUGCACAUGCGUAUUGUUAAUGUAGUGGGGGUUGCAGUGGGGGUUGCCUCGACCUGCUAGGCUGCUAAGCAUCUUCCUGGAAACGCUGACUCGAAGUCAAAUGCAGCAGCCUAUAUGAAGAUGCCGGUGACAUUCUCCGGGCACCAACAGCAACUAGGAGGAGACAUGAUGGAGGAGGUCCAUGGCAUCGUCAUCGUCGGUGGUGGCAUCUGCGGCCUCGCCACUGCUCUUGCUCUUCACCGGAAAGGGAUUCCUAGCCUCGUGUUAGAGAAGUCCAAGACUUUACGAACGGAAGGCGGGUCCAUUGGUGUCCAUGUCAAUGGAUGGCGUGUUCUAGAGCAACUUGGGGUUGCUCCAGAGCUCCGGAAGACUGCCGACGUUGUUACCGAGUUUCACGACGUGUGGCAGCAAAAGCAAGGAAACAAGAGCGUUGUGGUGCCUGUCAGGGGUGAGCUCCGAUGGUUGAAAAGAAGGGAUCUGAUCGAGACAAUGGCCAAGAACGUACCUUCAGGAGCAAUCCGCUUCAGCUGCCACAUUGCAGCGAUACGCCCAGUAAAUCCGGGGAGCCAUGGCGUGGUUCUUACAACACUGGACGGCAGUAUCAUCAGGGCCAAGGCCCUGAUCGGAUGCGAUGGCUCGAACUCAGUGGUAGCCAAGUACCUGGGCUUGUCCCCGGCGAAAUCAACCUCUCGCAUGCUUCUUCGCGGAUACACGAGAUACCCACAUGGACAUCCAUUCGGACCCCAUUUCCUGCGCUUAAGAGGCAAUGGUUUCUUUGUCGGGCGCUCGCCCAUGACUGACAAUCUAGUGAAUUUCUUCGUAGCCCUUUGGCACCCUGGUGCAGAUGCCACCAAGGACGCGAGCGCCAUGAAGGAACUGGUGCUCGAGAAGCUCAAGGGCCAGUGCUCCGACGAGAUCAUCGAGAUGGUCCGUGCUCCGGAACCCGACUCGCUGAUCCUCCUGACCAAGAUCUGGUAUCGGCCGCCAUGGCAGGUCCUGUUCAGCAGCUUCCAGAGGGGCACGGCGACGGUCGCCGGCGACGCGAUGCACGUCAUGGGGACAUACAUCGGCCAGGGGGGCUCGGCGUCGAUGGAGGACGCCCUCGUGCUCGCCCGGUCGCUGUCGCGAGCUGCCGCCGGCGGCGGCGGUUCAGGUGGGGAUGAGCUGUGCGAGAAGAAAAUCAGCGCGGCGAUGGGGGAGUACGUCAGGGAGAGGAGGCUGAGGAUCGUGAGGCUGUCGCUGGAGUCCUUCACCAUGGGGACGCUGCUUGCAACCAAGUCGCUGCUCACGAAGCUCGCCUGCUUCGCCAUCUUGUCUCUGUUGGGCACCGCUUCCCUCGGCCACACCAAGUAUGACUGUGGUCGCCUCUAACGGUUGCGUUCUGGACCGGCUGCAGCUCUGGGCCUCUGCAAGAUAUCUCUAACCUUUGAUUUUUAAAAUAAAAAAUUAUAUCAUUGGUGUGGUGCCAAAUUAUGUCAUUUUAACUUUUUAAUGUUCCAAAUUAUAUAUUAUUUUAACUUUUCUAGAUUCAUAAAUAUAGAUAUUAAAAUGUAUGGAGAUGAUACAGUGUAUCUGCUAGUGCCGUCUGCCAGCGUCACGAGGGGGUCCGCGCGGCCCUCCCUCCUGCCUGUCUGCCAGCGUCACCAGGGGUCUGUGCGCGAGUCCCUCCCGUCCAUCUGCUAGUGCCGCCUUCGUCUCCGUGGAUCGUGGUUCAGGAGAGCAAACGCAGGAGGCGGCAAGGAAGGCAGCAGUCAGCAGAUGGAUUGAGAAGACGGGCAUCAAGGCAGCAAGUCCAAGGGAUGGCAACGCCGGGGCAGCGCGACAAUUCUUGGCUUCCAGCAGGAUAUGUAGAGUCCAUGCGAGUGUGUUGCUUGCAAUGAUGCCCAGUGAAUACGUGUUUUGAUUUGGCCUGUGCAUCAGUGAAGCAAGAAUGAGCAUAUGUGCACAUAUAGAGUACUGGUCUUCUAUGGGUAAUAUUGUAUUUUCCA